UCUCCUGAACUUGGAGGCAACUUGCCAAAAAAAAACAGCAUAGAAAAGUACUUUGUGCAGCUCCCCACCCCAUUUCUGCAGGCUGAGGCCCCAGAAAGAGCAGAGUCCUGCUUUUCCAGGCAGCAAAAAACAAGCAGUUCUGCUAACCUUUUUUUUUUCUUUUUUCAUGCUACUGAACGUCCCUAAAUGCGCUUUCCAUUAUUGAUAAUCUGGUUACAUUAAUUGCCAAAGCCAUUAAGGCUCUGCAGAGUAUAAAAGGAAGAAAAAAAAGGAAUCUGCAAUUACCAGCUCCCAAAUGGAGUUAAAAUCUGGUAAUAAAUGACAGCAAGGGCUGCUCUUGGCCAUGGCAGUUACAGACACAUUUAAUUCCCUACAGCUCUGAGCUCUGUGCUCAAGGGUAGAAACUGAGUUAUAAACCCAAACUCAGUUCGUUUUCAUUGCUGGGCUAACGAAGCUCCUGUCACCUGGAGCAGCCCCAUCAAAGCUUCUGCUUUUUGCUCCCUGCUAAUGUACAUUGCCCAGACAUGCUCAAGGGCUUGCAUGGGUCUGUGAGGCAGCUAAUUGCUGUAAUUGACCAGCUAAAUGGCUGGUUUGGUUCCCUUUGGAAACCCGAGUCUUAUCCAGGCAGCAGAAACAAGCAGUGUUUGGUCCUGCAUGGGCGCUGUAGGGAAAUGCAGGUUUGAUGCAAGGGCAGAGCCUGGAGGAGCUGAGAUGUGGGCUGAGAGAUGCAUAGAUUUUCCCUGAAGAGUGUUUUAAAUCAGUAACACCCAUAUUUUUGGUGCAAAAGACAUUUUGGAAUAGUGGACAAGGAAGUAACCAACAAAAUGUGUCUCAAAGUACCACAGCAACAGCAAGGAGAACACGGGGACCAGGCUGGAGCCAACUCCAGCACCUAAGCAGUGAUAUUUGACAUCUCACUGAAGGAUGGCUUCCUGACACUUUCCAGCAGUCAGCGCUGGGUUUCCUGUUGGUUGGUUUCUUCUGUGAGAUGCUGUUUCCAUUCCGCUGUGCUUUGGGGUUGGUUUGAACCCGUGCAGUGGUGGCAACACCGAUGUCCCUGUCACCCACAGAGUGCCAAGAAGGACCUGAACCGUGGAGGUUGCUUGCUGUGAGGCUUUUAUUUAUUCAUUUAUUGGAGGUUUCUGCCCAUUCUGUGGUCUUUGCUACUCUUCCAUUGUUUAAGAACAUUGACAUGAAAUAGAAUCAUAGAAUUACAGAGUGGGUUGAGUUGGAAGGGGCCCUUAAAGGCUACGAGGUCCAACUCCCCUGCAGGGAACAGGGACACCCACAGCUCCAUCACAUCCCUAUCCCCUGACCUUGAGUUUCUCCAGGGACUCCAGGACAUACAGUUCAUACCUCAGUUCUUGAGAUUUCACUCCCCAAAAGCUGUGUUGAUUUUUUUCCACACAAUCCCCAUCUCUGGAGGUAUUUAAGAACAUGUAGACAUGGAAAUAUGGGAUGUGGUUGAGUGACAGGUCUGAGUAGGUCUUGGACUACAGUGCAAUUCCCAAUAAUUAAAGCUUUUACAAAAAAAAAACUAAAUUAGAAGGAGCGUGCUGCCACAUCUGUGAUUGUGAUGUAGCAAACCCAAGGACAACAGGGAAAAAGAAAUGAAAGGUAAGGAGGAGAGGGGUAAAGAAGACAGGGAUCGUGGAUGGAUGGGGACAAACACGUUGUAAAACAAAGAGAAGACAGGCAAAAGAGGCCAGUUACCUCUAAGCAAGCAAGCCCAGUCUCUCUCAACUCAACUUACAAAUCCUAUUUCAGCUUUUUUCAGGGGUGGUGUCAGCGCUGCAGUGACUCCAGGAAAGGCAAAAUAAAGGCAGGGCAGUCACGCUGAGUUCACGUUUCCUCUUGCACCACUAUGAGAGGUUCGUUCCUAGAAGCCUGAGUCAAACUUCUGGCACAAUGGGAACAGCCUACCGUGGAGCAGCGGCUCUUCCAGCCUGGGGUGGACCCUUCAGCAGUGUCAGACAUGGGAUCACAACAGGCAGCCACUUGCCCUAUACAGCUUCAAAGCUGGCAACAGCAACAGCUACAGCCUUGCUGAAUGGCCAAGGUUACACUGCCAAUUCAAGUGACUACCCCUACGAGUACCUGAAUGAGGAAGACUACAUGCUUUAUGGCCUUUGCACCAAAGAAGAGGUGGUCUCCUUUGGCAAGGCAUUCUUACCAGUUUUUUACACCAUGGUUUUCCUAGUUGGGUUCACUGGGAACGUUCUUCUAUUUACUGUCCUCGUGUAUGUCAGUAAGAAAAAGAAGAUGACAGAGGUGUAUCUGCUGAACCUCGUGGUUUCGGAUUUUCUCUUGCUGCUAACCCUUCCUUUAUGGGCCCUGUUCAUUUCUCAGUGGGUGACCUGGGAUCUGUUGUGCCAUGUCUUAAAUGCCAUGUACAUCAUGAAUUUUUACAGUGGUAUCUUUUUUGUGAGCUGCAUGAGUCUGGACAUGUAUCUGCAGAUAGUUCAUGCUUACUCUCCUCACAGCUCUGUGACACGGAAGAAGUCCUUCCUCGUCUUGUUGGUGUUGUGGGUCCUCUCCAUACUCCUCUCCAUUCCCGAUGCCCUCUUCAGCAGCACAAAGGAAAUGCACAACAAAACCAUCAUAUGCACGCAUGAUUACGGCCAGAAACACUUAUUUUGGAAAGUUGUCUUUCAGGUCAUUCAAAACAUCCUAGGUUUCCUUUUGCCUUUCUUCUUCAUGGUGUUCUGCUAUUCCCGCAGCAUGUGUGUCCUCACCACGUCUCGGGUGCCCGGCUUGAGGAGAGCACUUCGCUUCGUCUUUACUCUGGUGGCUGUCUUCUUUAUCCUGUGGUUCCCUUACAACAUUGUCCUCAUCCUUCACUCCCUGCAAUACGUUGGUUUGAUCCAGAGCUGUGAGAGGAGUAGGCAACUGGACUAUGCCAUGCAGAUCACAGAGAGCUUGUCCUUUGUCCACUGCUGCCUCAACCCUGUGCUCUACGCUUUUGUGAAGAAACGAUUCAGGUUGUACUUACAGAAGAUCCCUCAGGCUUUCUGUAGGAAGGGCACCUUUGAUAUCCAGCCCUCAGAGACAAGCUGCUCUUGCAGCAGAUACACCACUCAGAUGGAAAUGUUGAGCAUCACCAACACAUGAUAAAUUCUUGCUGGCUUUUGCCACGUGCCAGGGCAAUGUGCUCAGCCAGGCUCACCCCUUAGCCUACCAGGAGAAAAAACAGGAAGAACAGGCACUUUUAAGUGGGUCUGAACCACACUGAAGUGUACUGAGCAGGACACUGUGUCUACCCAAUGGAUGCAUCCUUGGUUUGAGAUCAGUUUGAUCAUCACAGCACCAGAAUUCAGACGAGUAACUAUCAGUGAGAGAGGAAAAAAAAAAAAAAA